AAAAUCGUACCCAUGUUUAUUCAAACGAAAUUUAUUUUCUUAUAAUAACGAUAGUGCUUGUUAUAACAUUAAAAUCACCUUAUUGCGGCCUGUAGAUUUGAUAAUUACAUAUUAUAUCAUUUGCAUUAUUAAAACUGAAGGGUUUUGAGGAAUUGAAUUUCAGUGUUUCUUAUUUACUUGAUGACAUUUUGUUGCCGAAGUCAUUCUUUCGUGCAGUGCAAAUGGAUGAUACAGUAGUCUCUCCAGGUAACAAAAUGGGCGAUUCAGCAUCAGAGAGCGAUUCCAGUUCUCUCGAUGGCGGAGCAAUGCUUCCUCCGAGUACUGUGUCUCGCGAUCAGCUGCAGAAGAGAAUCGAGUCCUUGCAACAACAAAAUAGAGUGUUAAAAGUGGAACUUGAUACAUAUAAACUGCGUGUAAAGGCCUUGCAAGAAGAAAAUCGAGCUCUCAGGCAGGCUUCAGUAUCUAUUCAAGCAAAGGCAGAACAGGAAGAGGAAUAUAUUUCUAAUACUCUUUUAAAGAAAAUUCAAGCUUUGAAGAAAGAAAAAGAGACUCUGGCUCAUCACUACGAAAGGGAAGAAGAGUGUCUUACUAAUGAUCUGUCAAGAAAAUUGAAUCAAUUACGUCAAGAGAAAUGUCGCUUGGAACUUACAUUGGAACAGGAACAAGAAUGUUUGGUCAAUAAAUUGAUGCGCAAAAUUGAGAAACUGGAAGCCGAAACAUUAGCUAAGCAAACUAAUUUAGAGAGACUUCGUAGGGAGAAGGUAGAGCUUGAAAACACAUUAGAACAAGAGCAGGAGGCUCUGGUUAAUAGACUUUGGAAGCGGAUGGAUAAAUUGGAGGCUGAAAAACGUUCUUUACAAAUAAGACUGGACCAGCCUGUUUCCGACCCCGCCAGUCCUAGGGACAUUAGUAAUGGCGACACAGCUUCUAAUCUAAGUAAUCACAUUCAAACAUUGCGCUCAGAAGUCGUCAAAUUAAGAAACCAAUUAGCUGUAUCGCAGAAUGAGAACAAAGAAAAGAUGCAUCGUUUCGCCCUGGAAGAGAAAUAUAUACGAGACGAGAAUCUUCGCUUGCAACGAAAACUUCAGCAGGAGGUGGAGCGACGCGAGGCUUUGUGCCGACAUCUCUCCGAGAGCGAAUCUUCGCUAGAAAUGGAAGAGGAAAGACAAUUUAAUGAAGCCAUGGGCGCGCGGUCCCGCAGCGUGUCGUCUCCGGGCGGGUCGCGGCCGCUGUCGCCGUACGCGUCGCCGCUGCUGCCCAACGCCGCCGGCCUGCCCAUGUCGCGACCCAACAUACAUUUCAACUCGCAGGCGCGCCGCGGCACCAGUGAGCGAUUCGUGAAGCCGGCGGUGCCGGGGGCGUCGCUGCUGUGUCGCGCCGGCCCGCUGGACCCGCCCGCGCCCGGACCCCACGCCCCCCACGCCCCACCCCCACACUCGCCCGCCCCGCCCUCGCCCCUCGCCCCUCACACCCCUCUCGCACCCCUCCAGCAACCCGCCAGCCCCAUGGACACCUCCUCCAAGGACUAGCUCACCACCUAGCCACGUCAACUAAAAUCAAACUCUACUGUAUAUGCUGAAUUCUUCUCAUAAAAUUUAUUAAUUUAAAAAAAUAAUAAUCGCCAAUAUAUAGUUGCACAAAGGCAAGCUACAAGUCCUCGUUAUAAUCCAAUAUCUGCUGAGAUUUUGAAAUUUUCAUCUUUAUUGUUAGGUCAUCGAAUAUACUCCAGAUAUAAAAAGAUUGCUUAGAUUCGAAAAAUGCCUUUACCCUCAAAAUUGGCUCAUGCUAUGCGAUAUUGAUUUUUGUGCCAGAGAAUUUAUACGUUAUAAAACUUUCCUUACUUAUUAAAAGUUUACAACUUUCCAAAUUUAGACGCUCCAAAAAGCCAGCUGAUUUAUAUUGUAACUGAUUUAAAUAAAAAAUACAUUUCAAAUGUGUAACUUGCUUUAUAAAUAUUAUCACUAAAUGUAAAAUCACUGAAUACAGAAGAAAGAGUUUGAUUUUACUGCUUAUGAUCAUCAUUUAGGAGGCUUUGAAGCUAUCACAAAAAAGUGCCGUCUAAUGUAGAAUUGGCAACUAAUUUUCAAUACUAGGCUUAUUAUAGCUAUUAAUAAAUUGCUAAAUUGCCUAAUCUUACACAGGACUUAAUGAUUUUUGACAGUGGAACCUGGAUAAGCGAGAAACUUCUAUAAGCGAGAUUUAUUAUCCUUUCCUGAUGAGCGAGAAAUUUUCGUUUAACAGAGGAAUCUCUGUAAACGAGAAAAAUAUCGCGGUCCCUUUAAUACUCGUUUAUUCAGUUUCGACUGUAAUAAAAUGCUUUGAUUAUUUCUCGACUCAAUAAACUAGGAGUCAAAUCUAUAAAAUACAUUAUUUUUAAUUUAAAU